CGUAGUAGUAACGACCACAAACAGGAAGAGAACAUCCAGCUGUUAGCCAAGCAGCUAGCGCGUUAGCUUUGUGUACCGCUGGUCCAGUAAUGACACGGCUUCCAGGGUCGGGAUCAAACCGGUGUUGUGUUGUCAUGCUGUGUCCGGAGGAGUGACCGGAGCCGCGGAACCAGCCGAACCGAACCGUCAUCGACUUUCCUCCGCCGCGAGCGUAGAAACAAGCAGGUGUGAAUGAGUGACGUGGUGCCUCCCACAGCUCUCAGUGACGUCCAGCUCCGCUUCCUCUGCCACGAUGACAUAGAGAACGUCAAGCUGCUCUGCGGUGAUUGGUUUCCAAUCGAGUACCCAGACUCAUGGUAUCAGGACAUCACCUCCAACAAGAAGUUCUUCUCCCUCGCUGCCACCUUCAGAGGAGGCAUCGUGGGAAUGAUUGUGGCUGAGAUCAAAAGCCGGACCAAAGUGCACAAAGAGGAUGGAGACAUCCUGGCCUCCAGUUUCCCUGUGGACACACAGGUAGCCUACAUCCUCAGCCUGGGAGUGGUCAAAGAUUUCAGGAAACAUGGCAUAGGCUCCCUACUGCUGGACAGUUUGAAGGAGCACAUCUCGACGACAGCCCAGGACCACUGCAAAGCAAUCUACCUACACGUCCUCACCACUAACAACGCUGCCAUCACAUUCUAUGAGAACAGGGACUUCAGGCAGCACCACUACCUGCCCUACUACUACUCCAUACGAGGGGUCCUCAAAGAUGGAUUCACAUACGUGCUCUACAUCAAUGGGGGUCAUCCACCUUGGACAAUAUUUGAUUAUAUCCAGCACAUUGGCUCGACCCUGGCCAGCCUGAGCCCCUGCUCCAUCCCACAGAGGUUGUACCGACAGGCCCAGUCCCUGCUCCGCUCACUGCUGCCCUGGUCCAACAUCGCCUCCAAGACUGGUAUCCAGUACAGCAGAACAAUGUGACACAGCCUGGAGUGCAGGUGCUCCAUCAGUCUUCCCCUGUACAGAUAAAGAUGUACACACACUCGCUCACAUUCUGGAUCCUCUCUGUCUCUCCACACCCUGCAGGACUCAACCUGUGCUCGACCGGUCACGUACCAGAGUGUCUCUCC